AGUUUACUCGAUGCGACAUCAAUGGCUGCAAUACUCAUCAAUGGGUGCAGAUUUUAAUGUGAUUUAUGUAUUUUCCAGUGCAUGUGAAUUGAUGAAAUAGUGCUAAAAAGCCGCGGAGGACACCAACAAAGAUGGAAAUUGAACCACGCAUUGCGGUUUUGCAAGAUCUACGAUUGCAAUCAUUUGACUCCAUUCGCUUUGCAUCAUAUCGUACAGCAUCGAAGUUGCGGCACAUUCAAAAGUCAACAAAUUUACAUCUCGUGGAUAUUUGGAAUGUAAUUGAGGCAUUUCGGGAGAAUGGACUGAAUACAUUGGAGCCACAGAGUGAUGUGAGUGUGGCACGCCUGGAGACACUCGUAUCGUCACUCUAUCACAAUCUAAAUAAACGUCUUCCGAUGGCACAACAAGUUCCGGUUGAUUCAAAGGCGAGCCUCCUCCUCAAUUGGCUCCUGGCGGCCUACACAACGGACAAUUCGGGCAAAAUUAAGGUUUUCUCCAUUAAAGUGGCCCUCGCAACAAUGUGUGCUGGGAAAUUGGUGGAUAAAUUGCGAUAUGUUUUCUCACAAAUCUCCGAUGGAAUGGGUCAGUUGUUGCACUAUAAAUUGGGGGAGUACCUGAAGGAGGUACUAACACUCACUGCAGCUGUAUACGAAUCACCGACCUUCCACUACACGGAGAACCUCGAGACGGAGCUGUUUCCGCUUGAUUCCAAAGUUACCGUCAAUGAUUUUAUGGGGGCACUGAUGAGUGAACCGGGGCCCCCGUGCCUCGUGUGGCUACCGCUGCUGCAUCGAAUGGCCAGCGUGGAGAAUGUUGUGCACCCAACAAUUUGCUCGGUGUGCCAUCGAGAGAACUUUACGGGGUUCCGCUAUCGCUGCCAGCGCUGUCAUGCCUAUCAGCUGUGUCAGGAUUGCUUCUGGCAUGGGCGUGUGUCGUUGAGUCAUCUCACGGAUCACGAGGUGAAGGAGUACUCAACGUACAAGUCGCCAAGUAAGCAAAUUGGGCAUUCACUGCGGAAGAGCUUUCGCUGUGUGCCGGAUAAGCCGACACAGGCGUUGCCGCGUUUCCCGGAACAGCCCGAGAAGACGCUGAAUUUGUCCCACAUUGUGCCCCCGUCGCCGUUGCCAUCGCACAAUGGCUUUGCCGAUGGCGGGAUAAUGGCUGGGCUGUUUGAGCGCAGCAGUACACUCGAUUCCCGUGCCACGGGGUGCUCAAUGGAGAGCGCUGGGACGAGCCUAAAUCGAGCGGCGGCGGCUGUGAUGUCAAACGAUGAGGAACACAGACUGAUUGCACGCUAUGCUGCCCGCCUAGCGCAGGAGAAUCGCACACCAAAUGCCACCCCAUCGGACAAUGUAUCCGCCGUGGAUGGGGCGCGUCAGCAGCGUGAACUGAUUGCACAGCUUGAGGCAAAGAAUAAGGAGAUUAUGCGGGAAAUUGCACGUCUGAGGCGUCAACAGGAGGCUGAACAGAUGAAUCAGGAGAGUCCGGCUCUGAUGAAUGAACUGAGGGCACUGAGGCAGCGAAAGGGGGAGCUUGAGGGUCACCUGGGUGCCCUGCAGGACUCCCGACGGCAGCUAAUGGCCCAACUCGAAGGGUUAAUGCGAAUGCUGAAGAAUCAUCAAACAUCCAGCCCAAGAUCAACACCAAAUUCAAGUCCACGCUCGGGGAAGAGUCCCCCAUUGCCACAGGGUCCUCAGAAUACCAUUCCACGCAAUUCAGCGCAUCAAACACAAAUUCAACAAUCAUCCAUUGUUGGGGGGAAUUUGAAUGAUAAUUUACCACAAGUAGGUGAUGGGAGGCCCCCGUACACAGCAGCAGCACCCCCUCCAUCGAAUGGAACACCUCAUUUGGGUGCUGGAGGACGUCCAAUUCGUACGGAUUUGCACUAUGCAGCUGAUUCUGUAACACAUGCAAUGUCAUCUCUUGUCCGGGAAUUGAAUUCAGAAGGAUCUGAAGAUGAAACAACGAAAAAUAUUCAAAAAACUCUGGAUUUCGAUGAUAGCCAGAAUUACCAAGAAUGGAGUGAGAAGGAUAAUUCAAAUAGUCAGUGGCAGGAGCAAUUUGCUCAGUGGAAUUUGAGUGGGCAGCAAAAGUAAAGCUAAAAAAAAAAUGAAAGUUAAGAAAGGAGACGCCAAAAAGAAAUUUUUUAAAGAUAUUUCCUUCGUGUCGUCUUUUGGGAAUAUUUCCAAAUUUUUAUUAAAGAAAAGAACAAAAAAAUUAAAUCCUUAAUCGUGUGACCUUUGAAAGAAUCUCACGAGAUAUUUCGUAAAGAACAAGAAAAGAAGAAGAAAAAAAAACAUUCCCACGUGGAAGGAAUUUUCCUCAAUCAUCCUUCGUAAUUUUGUUAAAUUAAUGGAGAAGAACGAAGGAGAAGACGAAGAAGAAAAAGAAAAACGUAUACUUCCACACAAAAGUACUUAAAAGAAUUAAUUUUCUCUUUCCAAACUAAUUGCAAUAUAUCCGCGGAACAUUUAUUAUUUUUAUUUUUACUUUUUUUUAAUUUUUUAUUUUUAUUAAAGUGUGUUCACGGGCGUGAAAAAAAAAGAAGAAAUUGUAUAGAGAUUUUUUUCCACAGUUGUUAUUGUUAAUAAUUUUAAAGAGGAAGUUUUAAAUUAUAAAUCUAUUAAUAUUAUAAA